AUGCUGGAACAAAGGAAAAAGGAGGAGCUGAUUGGCCACCACAGCACCUGUCCCAAGAUAAACAAUCAUAUUCUCAUAACGUUUGGAAACCUACUUGUAAUAAUAUCCAUUGCUUACUUCAAACAGCUCCACACUCCUACAAACUUCCUGAUGCUCUCUCUGGCAGUGGCUGACCUGCUAGUUGGACUUUUCAUCUUGCCUUUCACUGUCAUCCUCUUUGUCAGCUCAUACUGGCGUCUGUAUGAUCUACUUUACAGAUAUUAUGCAGUGUGUCAUCCUUUGAUAUACAGAAUUAAAAUAAAUGUCCCACAAGGUACAAUAGUUGUGGGACUUUUAAUCUCAUUUUUAUUCCCGGCUAUUGUGAUGUUUGCACUCUACCUAAAGAUUUUCAUGGUGGCACAGAGACAAGCACGCAGCAUCCUGAGCAUGGCAAACUCUGCUGCAGCUGCCAGUAAAAUGGAGAGAAAGGCGACUAAAACUCUGUCUAUUGUGGUGGGGAGUUUUCUCCUGUGUUGGACGCCUUUCCUUCUGUGUUUGAGCUUUAAUCCUUUGAGCAAUUAUACAAUACCUUUUCAUGUCAUGCAAUUAUUCAAGUGGCUUGGAUGGUCAAAUUCAAUGUUCAAUCCCUUUAUUUAUGCUUUCUUUUACAGCUGGUUUCGAUCAGCUUUCAGGAUGAUCAUGACUGGGAAAAUAUUUCAAGAUGUCUCUAAUUGUAAGCUCUUUUGA